UUAUCAUCUCGCCAAUCUCUCCAAAUACUUCUCGUGCCUAGACUCAUUUUAUCGAAAGUUACUUGGAUUUGGAGAAACCUGGGUGCACGAAAUUAUUGUUCGUUUGGCGCUAAGAGAUGCUAAUUAAUAUAAAAAGAAGGCGGAUUGCCUUCCAGAGGAUAUCGAAAGCCCAUUGAUCCAAGAACCUUCGACUACUCUCAUUACUCUGUCCUCAUACAAAAUGCUUAUUAGUCUCAUCACCCUUGCGACAUUCAUCGCCGCGGCCCAAGGCUACGGACGCGCCAUUGUCAACAACCAAUGCGAUGCUCCCAUCUGGCUCUGGUCCGUCGGCUCGACUAUUAGCCAGAAAAUCAAAGUUGGAAAGGACGCUUCGUAUAGCGAGAUCUUCCACUCCGAUCCAAAGAGCGGUGGCAUUGCUAUCAAACUGACUGCCGUCGAUGACGGCAUCUUCCAACCCAACGUUAGCCAGACGAUCUUUGCAUACAAUCUGGAUGCGAAGAAGAACCAAGUUUGGUACGAUAUGAGCGAUGUCUUUGGCGAUGGUUUCUUUGGAAGAGCGGUCAAUAUCAAACCCAGUGACACAGGUUGUGCAUCUAUCGAUUGGUACUCCGGAGCACCGCCAGCGGGAAGCCAAGUGAAGGUCUGUCAAGCCGGCACCGAUUUAAAGCUCACGUUCUGUACGAAUCAUUGCUUGCCCGCUUGGAGUCUAUGUGGUGCUAUGGCGCCAAAUGAUAACCGGGCUUGCUGCACCCACUGUAUUGGUAGCCACCAUUGCGUCGAGCCGCCUCGGCCUUAAGAGGGGACGUUCGCAUUUCACUCGGGGCAUCAAAUUGAUUCAACUCAUACUUUCCUUUUGAAUGCAGGGAUUUUUUAAACGUAACGCUAGAAAUGGUUGAGCUCAAAUCUUUUUAAACUCGGUAAACUUUUGCCACAAAAGCUUUGCUAUUAAUGCAAUUGUACACCUCCGAUGUUUCGUUGUCAUCUUCGGUUGUCGCUAUACCUAUGCAAAACGAAAGUCAAGUUAACGAAGUUGAGGGAUUGGAAUGGGG